ACCAAACGUACUGCGAUUGAGGUUUCGUUUUCUCAAUUAUGAUAAGUCGUAUCUAAUUGGGCAAGUCAGUCGCGUCAUUUGUUUUGUAAUUCGCGACAGUUUUGUAAUUUUAUUUGGGUGAUUUCAACCGCUCAUUUAAUUAUUUGAAGUCUCUCCUGAGUCCAUACUCGGCGGCGAUGUCCAAGACAAAUUGCAGGUUUAAUCUGUCCUGACGGAUCUAAUAGGAACCCUAACUGGAUAAAAAAUGCUCUCUCUGCAACUUCCACUUCCACUUCCUCCAAUCAAUAAUGGGUUCUCUCAUUGCAACCCAAAACCAGCUUUAUGUUUACUCCAGGAUCGAUCUCGUAGUGGUAGUGGUAGUGGUAGUGGAAGCCUGUCAAGAACCUCCCCUUCUAGUACUUCUCUUAUCAAGUAUCUUUUACGUGCAAGUGCAACUCCAGCAGAUGUGGUAUUCGAAGGAGAAGAAGUGAAGGGAAGAGAGACUGGUUUUGGAACGCCAGCAGAAGAGGCGCUUUUGUUGCCGGUUGGGCUUCGGCCUGAAUUGAUGCCGAAUCAUGUAGCGGUGAUCAUGGAUGGAAACGUGAGGUGGGCGAGGCAGAAGAAUUUUCCUUCGUCGUUUGGUCAUGAAGCUGGUGUUAGGGCUUUGAGAGAGCUUAUUGAGCUCUGUUGCAAAUGGGGGAUUAGUGUUCUCACUGUUUUCGCUUUCUCAACUGAAAACUGGAUUCGGCCCAAAGUCGAGGUUGAUUUUUUGUUGAAUUUGUUCGAGAGGGUGAUACAGGAAGACCUGAAUAAUUUUAUGAGAGAAAAUAUUCGAAUAUCUGUAAUUGGUGAUUCCAAGAAGCUCCCAGUGUCCCUGCAGAAACUGAUAGCUGAAGCUGAGCAGAUCACAAGGAACAACUCACAACUCCAACUGAUUAUUGCAGUCAGCUAUAGUGGGCAGUAUGAUAUUGUUCAAGCAUGUAGAAGCAUUGCUGACAAAGUAAAUAAUGGUCUCAUCGCACCAAAUGACAUCACUGAAGCUGUAAUUGAACAAGAACUAGAAACAAACUGCUCCAAUUUUCCCAACCCUGAUCUACUUAUCCGUACUAGCGGUGAACAAAGGGUCAGCAACUUCUUGCUAUGGCAGCUGGCCUAUACCGAACUUGUCUUUGUACAACCACUCUGGCCUGAUUUUGGAAAAGCCGACUUUAUAGAUGCACUAUGUUCAUUUCAGCAAAGGCGAAGACGAUUUGCUGGCCGAGAUUCAUAAGUCACGUAUAUAAGAUACGAGAAGGAAUGUGGAAACCGAAAGUAAGUCCAAGAUGUACUUGCAAUGGUUUUCAUCAUUCAUGUUGUAAGCAUAAAUAUCGGUUUACCUUGUAAAGCUUAAUAUUGGUCUAGUUUGUAAAGGUUUCUGUUGGCUGAAGCAGGGUCCUUGCACUUGGCAGGAGGAGGACUCCAUUGCUGUUGUUAAAGUGCUUGCUUUUAUUUAAAAUGUAGUUGUGAAUUUCCAAAUAAUCUAUUUAAAGGAAGCUUAAUCUUAUUUGUAAUUGCCCUUUGGGUAAAAA